AUGGAGCCCCACAGCCAGCGUGGUAGACGCCAGACCAGCUCGGUCUCUUUGUCUGGCUCUUCCCGACGUUCUGCCAGCUCCGACAAAAAGGAUUCGUCUCGGUGGCAGAAAGGGUGCGAUCGCAACCGUGGCCGUAACCGUGGCCGCAGCCGUGGCCGCAGCCGCAGCCGUAGCCGUGACCGCAAUGGCAGCACCUCUCUGGAGACAGGAGGCGGUGAGAGGCUGCGGCAUCGUGGAAAGGCGAAUCAAAAGACCCAGCACCGCCGUGGUGGCUGGAAACGUUCGCUCAGCCGCAGCCUGUCGGGGUCAUCUGGCGAUGGCACUGACUACAACAGACGGCGUUCUACUCGAAACGAAAAUAGUCAUGACGAGAAUCACGAAAGAGACGAGCGCCCUGCGCGGCAGCAAUCGCCAACAGGUCGGCGAAGAAGGAUCAACACUUCUUCCGUUUCUUCACGUUCAAAAUCACGAGACAAGUCUGCUGAUGUUCUCGACAAGGAUGACAUACCCGCCGCCACAACGACCGUUCAACCUGCCAUUGCAGCGGCCACCACCAUGUCUGCGGACCACGAACCGGCAUCUUCUGCAUCGGGCCAGCCACAGGCCGCGCAGCGAUUGGUAAACGAAAAGCGCGAAAAGGAGCUGAAGGAAAAAAUCAAGCAGAUGAGAUCUCGAUGA